AUGGAUUAUUUUAUCCGACUCGCCUCCGACGAAGAAUCCCAACACAGGUCAGUUCAACAACUCUUUCAACAAGAAUCAGAACACAUGGCCGCUGAGGGUUUCUCCCAGAAUCAGACUGCCUUCUUUCAAAGAAAGCGAGCCAUGUUCUUUAUUAGAGAAGAAGACCCAACGCAUGGAUAUUUGGAGAUAAUGUACAAUAUCAACCUUCAGAAGCUCAGGGAAAUUCAGAGAAUGGAGUUUCUGAUUAUUUCUGCGUUGGAUUGGCGCCUACGAUCGAUCACACCCUUAUGCUUUCUUGGUUUCUUCAUUUCAUUGUUGAAUAUCAAUGAUCAACACUCUGAACAAGUUCUCAAGUUUAAGGCUGAGAAGAUUGUGUUUAGAAUGCACAGAGAUAUCGAAUAUACACAAUUCAAGCCGUCAAUAAUUGCAGCAUCAGCUGUUCUAGCCAUAGCAAAGACGAUGGCAAGAUAUUCUGAUUUCAAGGAGGCUAUUUUGUCCAGCAAUUUCGUCAACAGGGGUGAUUUGAAGAAUUGCAAGCGAGCUUUAAUGGUGACACUCAUAACAGAUUCUUUGACUGUAACUUCUGCUUUGCUUUCCCCUGAUUCUCCAUCAUCGCCACCUCCGGCUUAUUAUCAUGAAGAUACUUCUGAUUCUUCUGAUUCUUCCGAUCUUUUCGAUGACGAAGAUACUUCUGAUCCUUUCGAUGAUGAAGAUACUCCUGAUCCUUCCGAUCAUGAAGAUACUCCUGAUCCUUCCGAUCAUGAAGAUAAUUCUGAUUCUUCCGAUCAUGAAGAUACUUCUGAUUCUUCUGGUCCUACCAAUGAUGAAAGAUACUUCUGA